GAGAAUCAUCCUCAACCGAUUCUACUUCGAUGGCCGCCAUUUUACUUCAAAAAUGCAGUGUCUCAAAGGAUGCUGGGCAUUACCAAAACCAUGCACCAUGCGGUCAGUCAGUUCACACGAGGGGACAUGUCGGAGCAACACAAGGGUCUUUCUUACGCAACACAUUUUCUUUUGUGUUACAUUUGAUCAGGUGCAGUUGGACAAUCCUAGAAGUGUGUACUCACUUCCAGAAGAUUCUGACGGAUUUGACGUGGAUGCAGACGAAGAAGAUACAGAAAUCAGGAUUGUCAAAAGAGUAGAAGACUACUACCCUGAAAACAAAUUCACUGCCAGAGAACGAUUGAUGAUCAACGAAUACUUCACGCUGCUCGCCUCUCUAGAGUACAACAUGCAGGAGAUGUACAGAGGACAGAAACUGGCCAACGAUCUUGUGGACAUUACAGUCACGGUAACAAAUGAUACUCUGCUCUACUUAAUUAAGGAAAAAAAAAUAGAGAGGAAACAUUUUCUGUGUUUUUAUCAAGUAAUAGAAACACGAGUGGAGUAUAAAGAAAGAGAAUGCGCAAGACGAGCUUCUGGCGGCUGUUCCUUCAGCAUUUCUACGAGUUUUCUUGCGAGUUUUCUAUAAAUUUUCAACCAAGUGUUCUAUCGAGGUUUAUUCCGAGUUUUCUACCGAGAUUCUUGAACUUUUUUUACGAGCGGUAAUCGGCUACAAGCCGGCCAGUACGAGCUCAUAUAUAGCACAAGAGUAAAAUGCACAGUCAUACAAAAGACUGAGAUAUUUUUUGUGUCCGACAGAUACCAGAUGUGCCAGAGGAGCUGAUCUGAUACACCGAGAAUCAAGAAGUACCACAAGACCUUCAAAUGUUUGGCCAAACACCAGUCUAACACUUGAUUUCACAGAAGAGAUUAACCAGUUUUGGUUAUUUGCUGAUGUUCCAAUUAGUUGGAGUCAAAUCUUUGUCAUUUGCUAGUUGUAUUUGCAAGGCCGUUUUUCACAUUGUGUUUCUGACGCCAAAAAGGUUAUAACAUAACAUCAAACAUCAGGCAAUGAUGCUGUGAUAUUUUAUUUAUUUACAGUGAGCAAAAAAAAAAUCAUUUUCCUUGCAUUUGGUUAAAUCUACUUUCACUCAGUUAUUGUGAAAGUAGGUUUACCUCCAAUCUCGAACUCACUGCUAUCUGAAACAAUUUUUCAUUUCCCUUGAGAGUUCAACAUAGAUACUCUAUCAAACAUCAUUCUUAGGUUGAAAUAUUCCAUUUAUAACUGUCGGUUUCCACCGUGAAAG